UUGUCCGUGAAGUGGUCUUGAAGUUCACGGAGGCGGCAUCUCACUCUGACUCCACUCCGAGGCUGCUGCGAAUUGCUGAACGUUGCUGUCGAGGGUGAAUAGAUGACCCGGCCGCUGCCGGCCGGCUGCCGCGCAGUGCAUGGACGGCUGUGUAGGCGGGGCGUCGCCCCGGCCGCUCAGCGCCACACCCGUGGUCCGACAGGUGGGCGUCUACCUGCCGGCUCUGGACGAGCUCGGGGGACAGCUGCAGCAGCUCGAGCCGACACUCAACAGCUAUGUUUCGCGUGAGUUUCCGCUGCUGCACAGCCGGGAGUCGGUGGUGUACAGUCUUCCCAGCGUCUACAUACCAUCGGAGAAACACCAGGCGUCGGAGGCGGAGCGGAUCGUGUUCGAACUGCUGCGGGGCUUGCACGCGCCCGGUCUGGGCGUGCUGUUCUUCCAUGGUCGCCAUUACGCGGGUCGCACGGCCAAGCACACCUCGGGCAGCAACCUCAUCACCCGAGAGCACGACUACGUGGUGCUGGUGCGCUACCACGACCGGCACUUUAUCCUGCUGGCCGAGGUGAAGUCCACGUCGGACUCGCAGUCGGAGAUGCUGAAGACGUCCAACGCGCGUGAGGUCAAGGACCAGAAGCGGUCGGCGCUGAACCAGCUGCGCCGGCACCGUGAGGUGCUCGCCCAGCAGCUCAAUAUCGGUGAGGAGUGCAUCCCCGGCUUCAUCCUGUGGCCUUUCCUGUGCGGUCGCUCGGUGGACGUGCGCACCAACCAGACCAACGCGCGCUGGCAGGCCGAGGACUUCCACCUGUUCUGCGACACACUGGCCUCGGGCGAGCUGUUCAACCGCUGGUUCGUGCAGCGACUCGCCUGCACUCCCGACCUGCCGCUGGCCGACUGGAACAAACUACUCCACAGGUUCCUGCUGCUGUCCUGCGGCGCCUCUGUCCGGGAGCUGGGCGGCGAGCUCGACUUUGCCAUGAGCCAGGACAUGGACCGCACGGUGGCUCUGCUCUCUGUGACGCAGCACCGGCUGCUCCACUCGGGCCCCCAGCCGCUGGAGCCGGGCACCGUACACCCGCUGGUCAUACAGGGCGCCGCCGGCACCGGCAAGACGCUCAUCAUGAUGAAGAAGAUCGAGAUGUUGCACAAUAUGGGCCAGCUGGGCCCGGACAGCCAGGCGCUGUUCCUGUGCUACUGGCCCGGUAUUCGAAUGGAGGUGGUGCAGCGACUGCAGCGGCUGGGCAUUGAGCACGUCGUCACUCAGAGGAUUAGCAUCAGCAACGACUGGUUCGUGCGCUGGUGCCGCCAGCAGAGCGCAGGGUUCCGGCACGUGUUUGUGGACGAGCUGGAGAGCGUGCUCAUCUCACCGCUCUGCGCGCAGAUCGUGGACGAGAUCGCCGCGCUCUAUGUGCGGGGAAACGCGGCUGUGCGGCGCGCCAGCACUGGCAGCGAGCCGGGCCGAGUGAACGGUAUGGGACACCCGCUGAACGGCGGCGGAGAGGGCAGUGGGGACAGCGGCGACGACGGCCGGGUGCGGGGCGGGCGGGACGCGGCGCCGGAGCCCGCGCCGGCCGACACGCCGGAGCCGAUGGAGCUGGACGCCGGCUGCUGCGGCACGUGCCACACGAUCCGACAGCGCACGGACGCGGCGGCGGCGGCGGCGGGCGGCGGCGGCGGCGCGCCCGGCUCCGGCGGCGCCGUGGACCUGGCGCUGGGCCACUUCUGGGUGUCGGUGGACGAGAACCAGCGCACGGUGCCGGCCGUGUUCCGUUCGGUGUGCAUCCCUCCCGAGCCGCACCUGCGCCUCACCAGUGUCUACCGCAGCACGCGCAACGUGUUCAACCUGUUCAGGAGCCUGUGCGACUGCGCCGCCGACCUGAGCGUAGCACACGCGGUGGACGGUCCGCCAGUGUUCUGGGUGGACCUGGCCCAGUUCACUGACAACACGGCCGCCGUCGCCGCGCUCGUGGUCGACCUCACCGGCGCCAAGGGCUUUCAGCCGUGCGACAUCUGCGUGAUGCCGUUCUUCGACGACAACAGCGUGGACGUGGAGGCGCUGAACGGGCGGCUGCGCGCCGGCUACCAGCCCGGCAGUCUGGUACCGCAGGCGGUGCGCGGUGUGGAGGCGCUGCUCGAGGCGCGCGACCGCUCCCUCUUCUGCGUCACCUGGCUGCUGCGCAUGAAGGGCCUCGAGUGCCCGGUGGUGGUGCUUGUGCUACCCGCCGAGGACGUGGACGUGACGGACGUGCUGGACCAGCGCAAGCUGUACACGAUGAUGUCGCGCUGCACGUGCCUGCUGCUGCUGCUGAGCCACCGCGAGGUGGUGUCCCAGCUGGACCCCAGCGGCCGCGUGCGCCAGUACUGUUUCAGCGAGGUGACGCUGUGCGGGGCGGCCGACGCGCCCAGCUGAUAGUCGGCUGCGCGCCGUGACGGUGCUACUGUCCGUGACGCGCCCGCGUGACCGCCGUGACGCGCCCGUGUGACCGCCUUGAUGUUUCGUUGGGGACGCAGUGGCCAGGGCCGGCCGGUAACCGAUCUAUGCCUUUCCUGUCGCGGUGUAUGAACAGGGACGAUGUCUUGCCUUGAGAACCCUGCAGGCUUACGAAGUAGCCAUUUUAUGCGAAAACUGGACGGAUAGUGUUGACCCGUUUUCAGAUUUUGUGAUAUUAGCGCCGUUGUUUUUAUUAUGCAUGCCGGUGUCUGAUGCAGCCUUGUGUUACGCCGUAGUGAGCCAUGUUUGUGUUUUACGCGCGCGCGUGCGUUGGACGCGCCUUAUUGGGCGUCUGUAUGUGAUGAACCACGGCUGGGAGCAAGGGCAUGACUGCGGGAAGGGAGGGGGUGCUCGGGGAGUUCCUACAACGUUUUACCUGUGGACGACUGUUUUCGGCGCGGCCUGGGAGCGGCCGCGUCUCCCGUGUACACCCGCCCUGCACGCGGGAGUGCUAGUAAUUUGUCAGCUGUGCCUCGACGCGGCCCUCCGGCCCGCCCGGUCUGUUUUUAGACAUGUCGACUCUAUUGUGCGGCCAAAUCUCCGGAACGAGGCGGGUGCGACGGCGGGCGGCCGUCGCCGGCCGCGUGUCCGCUGCAAUACAGGCUGUUUGGAAGUGGAGCGGACA